AGUCAAUCAAAGAGUAGAAACUAAGUGAGCACAACGAAAAACUAUGAGGCAACAUUUCUGUUGGUGUCUCGAGAAGCCACUAGGUUAAUCUGAGAAAAGAAUAGUAAAUAGAUUGUUUCAGCUGUUCUCUGUUUAUUGACAUCCCUUUAAUUAUGGCCGAAGAUACAACAGCUUAUCACCCGCCCGAAUCUAAGUCUUACCAUGGAGUGCGAAUAUUGGAGCCCAUGUAUCGAAAUGUUGGUCUGUCGGUUGAACAGGGUAAUUUUUGUUUGGUACAAUUCACCGGUUUAGCUUUGGCAAUGCUCUAUUUUCGAGUGACCCGAUUAUUCAAAUUCUCUGAUACACAGAAACACCUGAUCAUGUUACUACCUGGAAUUGUUUUGUGUUAUUUUUGUUUCGGUUAUCAGACAAGUAAUUUAUUUGUUCUUGCAAUGUUAUGUUAUAUUACUUUGUGUGCCUGUGACCCUCGAUUUGUCCAUUGUGCUGUUCUUGGCAUUUCCAUGCUCUAUCUUUCUUACCUUCAUCUAAUUCGUCAAAUGGAGGACUAUGGUGGUUAUUCUAUUGACAUAACUGGUCCAACCAUGAUUAUUGUACAAAAAGUGUCCAGUCUCGCAUUUUGCCUGCACGAUGGUCGAGGUCGAUUAGAAAAAGAUCUUACACUGGAACAGAAGCAAUUACGAGUUACCAGGAUUCCAACACUACUUGAAUUCCUAUCCUAUGUAUUUCAUUUUCCAAGUGUAAUGUGUGGCCCAUUAGUUUACUUUAAGAAUUACUUGGAGUUUAUUGAUGGAACCAAUUUUUCAAAGCACAUUGAAUCGCCUGAAGCUGAAAAGAGAUCAGCUCAUCCAGGCUUUGCUGUUAUUAGAAAGUUAUCUGUCAGUUUCUUUUUCGCAAUCAUGAUUGUUACAUAUGCACCGAAAUUCCCAAUAACCAAACUUUAUGAUGAUAAGUUCCUUGCAGAUUCUUCCUUCAUCAUGGUUAUAGCUUACAUGUUGGCAGUCCCAGCCAUUGCUCGAUUUAUGCUCUAUUUCGCUUGGCAUUACGGUGCAGCCUGUUGUAAUGCCGCUGGUCUGGGCUUCAACGGGUUCAACUCGAAAAAUGAACCGAAAUGGGAUCUACUUGACCCUGUGGAUAUCCUACGGUUCGAGUUCUCACAUAACCUUAGAGAAGCUUUGGCAACCUGGAAUAAACCGACUCAAUGUUGGUUGAGACGAUCGAUCUAUGAAAGAUCACCUAAAUAUCGCAUGUUAGCGACCUAUGUUUUAUCCGCAAUGUGGCAUGGAUUUUAUCCUGGUUACUACUUAACCUUUUUAUCUGGAGCUUUAUUCACACAAGGAGCUCGAACAGCCCGGCGAUGUCUUCGUCAUCACUUCCAAUCAACACAAUGGCUAUCAUUUGUCUAUGAUAUUCUUACCUGUUUAUUCACUCGAAUCAUGAUGGCUUAUCUUGUCUUCCCGUUUGUUGUUUUGACUUUAGCCGAUUCUUGGAAAAUUUACUGUCGAACUUAUUUCUUUGGACAUUUGACUGUUUUAUUUGGAAUCAUCGUACUUCCCCUGAUUGUCCGACCUCUUAAAACUGAGCGAAAUGCAGUUGAGAAUGGUAAUAAAAAAUCAAAGUCCAAUUGAAAUAAUUAACUCUGCACUUGCGAGCAC